CUCUCGCCAGCACCAAAUUCCAGCAACUUUUCGUUUUAUUUUCACUCGAAAACCCAAAAGGCUAUUCCAAAAAUAUAUAUAAAAAAACGCAAGAAUCGGUUUCCGAAAGAAGAAAAAACCGCAAGAAUUUGAUUCCGAUGCUAUGCGGACCGUUACGCUAUAUAAAGCCUCCAGCUUCGACAGCUUUAUUCUACUCGCAGCCGCCAUCAUUGUUAUUUUCUCCCCCUUUUCUCUCCUCCACCUCGCCCCUCUUCGGUGGCAGCAGAAGAAAAAGGUUAUCGAGGCUAAAGAAAAAAGGCGUAAUUAUUAGGGCAAUGCCUUCUUCUUCUCCUUCUUCGCCUCUUUCCCCGCCUUCCGAAGCGAAGAACAACGCCCUCGGAUCCUUCAAACUUAGCGAGUCCACCUUCUUGGCCUCUCUGAUGCCGAAGAAGGAGAUCGGAGCAGAUCGCUUCCUCGAAUCCCAUCCCGAGUAUGACGGAAGAGGCGUCUUGAUUGCGAUCUUUGAUUCUGGUGUGGAUCCAGCUGCUGCCGGCUUACAGGUGACAUCAGAUGGCAAACCAAAAAUUAUUGACAUCUUAGAUUGCACAGGGAGUGGUGACGUUGACACCUCCAAAGUGGUGAAGGUUGACAUUGAUGGUUGCAUUGUAGGGGCAUCAGGGAGGAAGUUGGCUUUAAAUCCAUCAUGGAAGAAUCCUUCCCAGGAGUGGCAUGUAGGCUGCAAAUUAGUUUAUGAACUUUUUACAGACACUCUCACAUCUCGGCUAAAGAAAGAAAGAAAGAAGAAGUGGGACGAGAAAAAUCAGGAAGCAAUUUCAGAGGCUCUAAAGAAUCUGAAUGAGUUUGAAAAGAAAUAUGGUAAAACAGAAGAUUUGAAGCUAAAAAGGGCUCAUGAAGACCUUCAAGAUAGGCUCGAUUUCCUAAGGAAGCAAACUGAAAGCUAUGAUGACAGGGGCCCCAUAAUUGAUAUUGUUGUUUGGCACGAUGGUGAGGUUUGGAGGGUUGCUGUUGACACACACAGUUUUGAGGAUAGCUCAGAGCAUGGAAAACUGGCCGAUUUUGUUCCUUUGACAAACUACAGGAUUGAGCGAAAAUUUGGCAUAUUUAGCAAAUUGGAUGCUUGCUCUUUUGUUACUAAUGUUUAUAAUGAUGGAAAUCUGGUAAGUAUAGUGACAGAUUGCUCACCACAUGGUACCCAUGUUUCUGGUAUUGCAGCUGCUUUCCAUCCUGAGGAACCACUGCUAAAUGGAGUUGCACCUGGAGCCCAGUUGAUUUCUUGUAAGAUAGGAGAUACACGUUUAGGCUCAAUGGAAACAGGAACAGGUUUGAUAAGAGCAUUAAUAGCUGCAGCAGAGCACAAAUGUGAUCUAAUCAACAUGAGUUAUGGCGAGCCUACAUUGUUGCCUGAUUAUGGAUGUUUUGUUGACCUUGUUAAUGAGGUUGUAGACAAGCACCGCCUGAUUUUUAUUAGCAGUGCUGGAAACAGUGGACCAGCAUUAAAUACUGUGGGUGCACCUGGUGGUACAACUUCAAGCAUAAUAGGUGUUGGUGCCUAUGUCUCCCCUGCCAUGGCUGCCGGAGCUCAUUGUGUGGUUGAGGCUCCAUCUGAGGGGAUGGAAUAUACAUGGUCUAGCCGAGGCCCAACGGUUGAUGGGGAUCUUGGUGUCUGUAUAAGUGCUCCGGGUGGAGCAGUGGCUCCUGUACCGACAUGGACCCUGCAGCGACGCAUGCUUAUGAAUGGAACUUCUAUGGCAUCUCCAUCUGCAUGUGGGGGAGUUGCUUUACUUAUUAGUGCUAUGAAGGCUGAAGGAAUUCCAGUAAGUCCAUACACUGUGCGUAAGGCAUUGGAGAACACAACAACCCCUAUAGGUGAUACACCUGAAGACAAACUAACUACAGGCCAGGGGCUUUUGCAAGUUGAUAGGGCACAUGAAUAUGUUCAGAAGUCGAGGAAUUUCCCAUCUGUUUGCUAUAGAAUUACAAUUAAUCAGGCUGGGAAAUCAACUCCUACAUUACGUGGGAUCUAUCUAAGGGGGGCUAAUGCUUGUCAACAAACCAGUGAGUGGACUGUUCAAGUUAACCCAAAGUUCCAUGAUGAUGCUAAUAAUUUGGAGCAAUUGGUUCCAUUUGAGGAGUGUAUACAAUUGCAUUCAAGUGAGAAAAUUGUUGUUCGAGCUCCCGAAUAUCUCUUGCUGACACAUAACGGACGAAGUUUCAACAUAGUUGUGGAUCCCACAAGUCUUGCCAAUGGUCUACAUUAUCAUGAAGUCUAUGGCAUAGACUGCAAAGCUCCAUGGCGUGGUCCUCUUUUCCGAGUGCCAAUUACAAUUAUAAAACCUUUUGCUUCAGCAGGGCAGCCUCCACUAGUUUCAUUUUCAAAUGUUUCCUUUCAACCAGGUCAUAUUGAAAAGAGAUUUAUCGAUGUGCCACUUGGUGCUACAUGGGUGGAGGCAACAAUGCGAACUUCAGGGUUUGAUACUGCUCGGAAGUUUUUCAUUGAUACUGUUCAGAUCUGUCCGUUGAAGCGACCUAUUAAGUGGGAGGCAGUCGUGACAUUUUCAUCUCCUUCACUUAAAAGUUUCACUUUUCCUGUUCAAGGUGGUCUAACCAUGGAAUUGGCUGUUGCUCAAUUAUGGUCCAGUGGCAUUGGUAGUCAUGAAUCUACUAUUGUUGAUUUUGAGAUUGUGUUUCAUGGAAUCAACAUCAAUCAAGAGGUAGUGGUACUUGAUGGAAGUGAGGCACCUAUGCGAAUAGUUGCUAAAUCUCUAUUAGCGUCUGAGAAACUUGUCCCAGCCGCUACUUUAAACAAGUUGAAGAUACCAUAUCGGCCUGUGGAGUCUAAUUUAAUUUCUCUUCCUACGAACCGCGACAAGUUACCAUCUGGCAAGCAGAUUAUUGCGCUGACACUGAUUUACAAGUUCAAAUUGGAAGAAGGAGCUGAAAUAAAGCCCCAUAUACCACUUCUAAAUAAUCGGAUAUAUGACAAUAAGAUCGAAUCCCAAUUUUAUACUAUCUCUGAUUCUAAUAAGCGAGUAUAUGCAUUUGGUGAUGCGUAUCCUAAAUAUGUGAAGAUUCCCAAGGGAGAAUACACUCUACAAUUGUAUAUAAGGCAUGAAAAUGUGCAGUUCUUGGAGAAAAUGAAGCAACUAGUAUUGUUUAUUGAAAAGAAACUGGAGAAAAAGGACCGCAUUCGAUUGAGCUUUUUUUCUCAACCUGAUGGCCCCAUAAUCGGAAAUGCCACCUUUAAAACCACAGUUUUAGUUCCUGGUGAACCAGAAGCAUUUUAUCUGGGUCCACCAUCCAAAGAAAAGCUUGCAAAGAACUCUCCUGCUGGAGCCGUAUUGCUUGGAUCAAUAUCCUAUGGUACUGUAACAGUUAGCAGCAAAAAUGAUGACCAAAACCAAAAACCACCAGUAUCUUAUCGUGUAUCUUAUCUUAUACCACCAUCCAAGGUUGAUGAAGACAAAGGAAAGGGUACUGGUACCUGCACAAAAAGUGUCUCUGAGCGUUUGGAAGAAGAGGUACGAGAUGCUAAGAUAAAGGUUCUGUCAAGCCUGAAACGAGAUACUGAAGAAGAGAGAUUAGCAUGGAAUGAACUUUCCACUUCUCUUAAGACGGACUAUCCAAAGUAUACUCCAUUGCUUGCCAAAAUUUUGGAGGGCUUACUUUCAAGUGGUGCUGACCAAGACAAGGUUAGCCGUGACAAAGAGAUCGUUGAUGCAGCUGAUGAGGUCAUUGACAGUAUUGACAGAGAAGAGUUAGCAAAGUGCUUAUCCCUAAAGUCAGAUCCUGAGGAUGAAGAAGCAGAGAAAAUUAAGAAGAAGAUGGAAGUUACUCGUGACCAAUUGGCAGAGGCUUUGUAUCAAAAGGGCCUAGCACUGGCAGAUAUUGAAUCUUUUGAGGCUGAUCAGUCAGUGGAGAAGUCUGAGACUGCUACCAACAAAAGUUUAGAUGGAGCUGAAAUUCUUACCAAAAGUGAUCAAUCAGAUCCUUUUGAUGAGAACUUUAAGGAAUUGAAGAAAUGGGUUGAUGUUAAAUCCACAAAGUACUGCAUGCUGUUGGUGGUACGUGAGAGACGUUGCAGAAGACUUGGAACAGCUUUAAAGGUAUUGACUGAUAUGAUUCAGGAUGAAUCAGAGGCACCGAAGAAAAAGCUUUAUGAUCUAAGGAUCCAAUUGCUUGAGGAGAUUGGGUGGACACAUUUGGCAUCAUAUGAGAGGCAGUGGAUAUACGUCCGUUUCCCUUCAAGUUUGCCUCUUUUCUGAUUUGAUCUUGUACUUCCAAGGAUUAUUUUUUUGAAUAAUACAUGUGACGGAUGUUCAUUAUUGCAUUCUCUUCAUGAGGUUAAGUGGUUUUUGCUUUUGCUAUUGAUACAAUCGACAGACAACAGAGAAGCACCACUUGUUUUCUUUAGUAUUUUUCCAAAUAGAAGUUUCAGUUUCAGAAUAACUUCAAAAUUAAGCA